AUGCAGUUCAAAGCUCUCGCCCUCCUCGUUGCCUCUUCGGUGGCUUUCGCUCAAGAUGCACCUGGUUCAACCACCGUCUCCUUCCGCGUCGGAACCCAGAACCCCAUCUUCGGCGUCGUCGAGGGUGACUGCGCAUUCUUCCCUUACAACAAAGUGCCAGUCUCCGAAAUCACCAUCAUCCCAGGAACCCUGCAGGACCCGACAUGUACUUUCUGGACCGAAAGAAACUGCGGAGGAGAUGACUACAGUCUCAAGGAAGGCGAACAUCGGUUCUCGCGCGAUUUCUUCGUGGGGAGUUUCGAGUGCAACAAGUCUUAA